AUGAGCUCUUCCCACCUAAGCAACAGAGCUGAAAGCCAUUUCCAAGCUCAAGAAGAACAUGAACUGGACACUCUGGGGAAGAAUGCGUGGGACAAUCCUGUUUAUAAUGGUUCACCUUCCUCCUCCCUGAAAAUCAGGGCUAUCUACAACCCCAAAUCAAUCCUAGAAAACCCUUAUGAGAAUAUUGAGAAACUGUCUGACUCUCUACCCUACGAAAAAGAAAUAAAGAAAGCUGAGGAAGUGAAGAAGGAGAAGAAGCCCUUCCCUGGAUGCUGCUUCUAUAUCUUCAAGGGCAUCCGAGGACUUUGGGGCACAACUCUGACUGAAAACACCGCUGAGAACCGAGAACUUUAUGUAAAGACCACACUGCGUGAACUGUUGGUUUAUAUUGUAUUCCUGGUGGAUAUCUGUUUGUUGACUUAUGGGAUGACAAGUUCAAACGCCUAUUACUACACCAAAGUGAUGUCUGAACUUUUCUUGCAAACUCCUUCAGAUAGUGUUGGAUCCUUCGAGACUAUUGGAAGCAUGAAUGACUUUUGGGGCUAUGCACAAGGCCCUUUAUUGGACAGCCUGUAUUGGACCAAGUGGUAUAACAAUAAAUCCCUGGGCCAGAGCCCUCAAUCCUAUAUCUACUACGAGAACCUGCUGCUUGGUGUGCCACGAAUUCGCCAACUGAAGGUCCAGAACAACUCAUGUGUGGUGCAUGACGACUUUAAGGAAGACAUCUUUGGCUGUUAUGACGUAUAUAGUGAGGAGAAGGAGGAUAAAUCUCCCUUUGGACUCUUGAAUGGAACAGCUUGGCAAUAUCACACAGAAGAAGAACUUGAUGGCUCAUCUCACUGGGGCAAGCUAACAACUUACAGUGGAGGGGGGUAUUACAUAGAUCUCAAAAUGACCCGGGAGGAAAGUGCUGAAGCUCUUCAAAUAUUGAAAGAAAACCUGUGGCUAGAUCGGGGAACUCGUGUGGUUUUUCUCGAUUUCUCUGUGUACAAUGCCAACAUCAAUCUUUUUUGUGUGCUCAGGUUGGUGGUUGAAUUCCCAGCCACAGGUGGUGCCAUCCCUUCCUGGCAGAUAAGAACAGUAAAACUCCUCCGGUAUGUCAGCACUUGGGAUUUCUUCAUUGUUGCUUGUGAGAUUGUCUUCUGUGUCUUCAUCUUCUACUACGUUGUGGAAGAGAUCUUGGAGUUACAUAUUCACAGGCUUCAGUACUUCACCAGUAUUUGGAAUAUCUUGGAUAUAGUCGUCAUAUUGCUUUCUAUUGUAGCUAUUGCAUUCCACAUCUUUCGCACCAUUAAAGUCAAUAGGUUGAUGGGGCAGCUGUUGAAAAACCCCUGCAUCUAUGCAGAUUUUGAGUUCCUCGCUUUCUGGCAAACCCAGUACAACAAUAUGAAUGCUGUGAACCUAUUCUUUGCCUGGAUUAAGAUUUUUAAAUACAUUAGCUUUAACAAAACAAUGACGCAGCUCUCCUCCACAUUAGCCCGUUGUGCCAAGGACAUCCUGGGCUUUGCUAUCAUGUUCUUCAUUGUCUUCUUUGCAUAUGCACAACUGGGAUAUCUUCUUUUUGGGACUCAAGUGGAAAAUUUCAGCACUUUUGUUAAAUGCAUCUUCACCCAGUUUCGAAUCAUCCUUGGUGAUUUUGACUACAAUGCAAUUGACAAUGCCAACAGGAUCUUGGGGCCUAUUUAUUUUGUCACCUAUGUCUUCUUUGUCUUCUUUGUGCUAUUGAACAUGUUCCUAGCUAUCAUCAAUGACACUUAUUCAGAAGUCAAAGAGGAGCUUUCAAACCAGAAAAAUGAACUGCAACUGUCAGACAUCCUGAAACAGGGCUAUAACAGAACACUAAUGAAGCUGAAGCUGAAAAAGGACCGUAUCUCUGAUGUACAGAAAGCUUUGCAGAAGGGAACCAAGGAGCUGGAAUUCGAGGAUUUCAAAAACAGCUUGAGAAAGCUUGGCCAUGCUGAGCAUGAAAUCACAGCAGCCUUUGCAAAGUUUGAUAAAGAUGGUAACCAGAUUCUUGAUGAAGAAGAGCAGAAGAGAAUGCGAAAUGACUUGGAGGAGAAAAGGGUUGCUCUAAAUGAAGAAAUAGAGAACUUGGGGAACUCCUUCAGGGACAACAGCUUGGAAGACACCCUUAGCUUUGGAGAUGCAAAAAAUAAUCUAGCAAACAAAUCUAGCUUGGUGUCUGAAGAAGAAUUCCAAAGACUCUUACAGCGGGUACUGCAGUUGGAGCAUUCCAUUGCCAACAUCAUAUCCAAGACUGAAGCCUUGGUUGUGAAACUGGAGGGCAUAGAGAGAAGCAAAGUAAGGAACAAUGACCCAGGGGAGAAGCUAUUUGAUGCUAGAUAG